UUUUUCAAAGUGUCAGGUCCUCUCUACAAAAUGCCAAUUUAACUGAAGAAAUCCACAUUUAUUAUUAUUAUUAUUUUCUUGCAUCGGGAAAGCCCUGAUCAGCUCGACCUCAAAUUUCAAAUCAUCCCUCAGCCUACUCGUCAGCUCAUCACUCUGCAUGAACAAACCCCAUCAUUAAUACAAGUCGGCCUGACUACCGGUUCAGUUCGAGUUCCGAGACAAAAUCAGUGAUUUUUAAUUCAUUUGCGGGAGAACUGCAGAGUUCCCAACCCGGUUUUGUCUGAAAUUGGACCGGACCAGCUGUCUGGCCAGGCUGCUAUAACAACAAACGAGAGAGAGAUACACCUGGCUGUGAAAGUGUAUGAUCAAAGAAUGAAGAAGAAAAUAGGGAUUAUAGGAGCAGGAAUCAGUGGCCUGCUCGCUUGCAAACAUGCAAUGGAGAAGGGUUUUAAUCCGAUGGUAUUUGAAGCCCGCAGCGGCUUAGGAGGUGUUUGGUCUCAGACCAUAGAGUCGACCAAGCUCCAGACGCCCAAAAAUUUUUUCCAGUUCUCGGAUUUUGCUUGGCCGUCUUCUGUUAAAGAGAGUUUCCCUGAUCACAAUCAGGUGAUGGAGUACCUCCAAGGUUAUGCUGCUAACUUUAACAUCAUCCCAAGGAUCAUGUUUAACUCUAGAGUUACUUGUAUUGACUAUGUUACGCCUUCUGAGGAGGAUUUGCUUUCUUGGGAUUUGUGGGGUGGCACCGGUAUUGCCAUCUCCCCUACCGGAAAAUGGGAUGUCACCCUGCAGGAUGCCCGGAAUCCCUCUGCACAAGUUGUGGUGUACAGGAUGGAUUUUGUGAUCCUUUGCAUUGGGAAUUUUAGUGACCUGCCAAACAUACCAGAUUUUCCAUUGAACAAAGGGCCUGAAGUAUUUGGAGGUCAAGUCUUGCAUUCUAUGGAUUAUGCAGCUAUGGAGGAUGACUGUGCUGCUGAGUUCAUAAAAAACAAACGGGUUACUGUGGUUGGCUUUCAGAAAUCAGCAUUGGAUGUAGCAGCUGAGGUUUCUAACAGAAAUGGGGUGGAGAAUCCAUGUACAUUGCUAUUCAGAUCGGUCUAUUGGACAGUUCCUGAGUACCUGCACUUGUUCAUGUUCAAAUGUUUAACUCGUUUCACAGGGCUUAUGGUUCACAAGCCUAAUGAAGGAUUCCUCUCUUGGAUCUUAGCCUUCUUGCUUUCACCUCUGCUUUGGAUAUUUUCAAAAAUAAUCGAGUGCUAUCUCAAGUGGACACAACCAUUGAAGGAAUACAAUAUGAUCCCAACUCAUGGCUUCUUCGAUCAGAUCUCUUCAUGCUUGCUCUCUGUAUUACCAGACAAUUUCUAUGGCAAAGUCAAAGAAGGAAGCCUUCUCCUAAAGAAAUCACAAAGCUUCAGCUUUUGUAAAAGUGGUUUAAUUAUAGAAGGUGAAGGGAAACCUAUAGCAGCAGAUAUUGUCAUCUUCGCAACAGGAUACAAAGGUGAUGAAAAGCUCAAGAACAUGUUCAAAUCCAGCUUCUUCCAGAAAUGCAUUACUGGGUCUUCAGCUCCAUUCUAUAGGGAAUGCAUUCAUCCUCGAAUCCCACAGCUAGCUAUUCUCGGAUAUGCAGACAAUUAUACAACUUUGUUUACUACAGAAAUGAGAAGCAAGUGGGUAGCACAUUUUCUUGCAGGAAAAUUCAAGUUACCGAGCGUAAGUGAAAUGGAAAAUGAAGUGACAAAAUGGGAAGAAUGUAAGAGGUAUUAUGCUAAAGAGAGAUACAGAAGAUCAUGCCUGAAUGCAAUGCUGCAAAUUUAUUGCAAUGAUCAGUUGUGCAAGGACAUGGGAUACAAUCGGAGAAGGAAAAGCUGCCUUAUUACCGAGCUAUUUGCUCCGUGUUAUCCAAAAGAUUACAAAUACCUUAAAUACCAUUAAAUAAAGGUAGACGAAAACUCAUCUCCUUUUGCUAGCAGGAAAAUUUCUUGCUUAAAUCCAGUUCCUUAUGGAUUAAAAAAAAUAUAUAUGGUGAGGGAGAUCUGUAUGUAAAAUAGUUAGGUGAUACUUGCAUAUUUAUGUUUUGCGUUCAUAUCGACAGGGUUGAAAAUAAGUUUUUUGAGCAGUAAUACUACUAUGACUGAAGUUAGACAUUAAUAGAACAUCUACUAAUCUAAUCCCUUGAGUAUUG